GGAACGAAAGCACAGCACAGAGCACGCCGUCUUCAAUUUUUCCCAUUUUGCAGUUGGGCGCCCCGAUUCCUCCCCCUUCUCCUCGCCAAGCCCAAAACCCAACUUCCCCGAUCUCCCCACCCAGAUCUCGAAACCCUCACCGCGCGCCGCCGCUCCCCUCCACCGUCGCGGCGGCCAUGGCGAAGGAGUUCCCCGUGCCGCCGGUGGUCUUCACUCCCUCCACCCCGACCCACCGCCGCCAUCCUCCCCCCGGGACGGGUGCGUCCCCGCCGCCCGCCUUCGCGCCCCCACGCCCCUCCACCUCCUCCGGCGCGAACCCUCUCCCCUUCAUGUCCUUCGACGUCAACAGCGCCGCCACCUCCUCCUCGCCGCCCCUCUUCGCCGGGCCGAUCGGUGUCGGCGCAUCCGGCGCCUCCUUCGAGGACGAGCCGCCGCUCCUCGAGGAGCUCGGCAUCAACACGCGCCAGAUCUGGAGGAAGACGCUCUCCAUCCUCCACCCGCUCCGCUCCGCCGACCCCUCCCUCCACGCGGACGCCGACCUGUCCGGCCCUUUCCUCUUCCUCCUUUCCUUCGGCCUCUUCCAGCUGCUUGCGGGGAAGUUCCACUUCGGGAUCGUCCUCGGAUGGGUCACCGUCGCCUCCCUCUUCCUCUACUUCGUCUUCUCCAUGCUCUCGGGCGGACGCCGCGGCGAUCUCGAUCUCUACCGAUGCGUUAGUCUUGUCGGAUACUGCAUGCUCCCCAUGGUCAUCUUCUCCGCGGUCUCCCUCUUCCUGCCUCGGGGUGGCGGGCUCAUAUUUGGGGUUGGCAUGGGGUUCGUAAUGUGGUCCACCAGGGUGUGCACCAGGUUGCUCGCUGAGCUUGCAUCAAGCGGAGAUGAGCAUAGGGGGCUCAUUGCUUAUGCGUGCUGGCUUGUCUACAUGCUCUUCUCGCUUCUUGUCGUCUUCUGAUGCCGAUUUUAUGAUCAUGUUCAGGAUUCUUUUGCGGCAUGAAGUGGAAAGCUGCCAUCUGUCAGUCGCUGGAGUGGUUUUGGUGUGUUUUGCAGGACAACUGAUUAUCACGCCAGUUGGAAAAUUUUAUGUAAUGAUCUGUUCCUCUUUCACCCCGUAGUUCCUGUGGUAUGGUAGUUUUAGAGGGCUCGUACAGAUCUUGGUAAAGAAAAGCAAGGCAAAAUCAAGACACUGAAAAUAUGAAUUAAUUAGUUUUGCUGAAUAUUGAGGAGAUCUAGCGACUUUCAAAACUAAUUCGUGGUCUUUACGAACUUGUUCAUUGUAUUUACUUACCACGAUUAGUUGUUUUAGGGCCAUUUUGGCCUACUUUGAUUUUGUUUUUACAUCUUCUCUGCAUUUCAAUUUUAUAAGUGAGGAUUGUUU